AUGAUCAUGACUUUCCUGUCUUAGACCUCGGUCCGCGAAAUGGCGAUUGCUGUAACCCUUCAGUAACGAUGUCAAGGUUUUGUUCAAUCCUGAGGAAGAUUCACAUGGCUUCAAAAGACUGAGUUUAACUACUUAAUCAUCAGGGAACACAAGAACAGAAAUAACUGUUUUUACUCAACGGAGAACAGAGCAAGUAGUAGGCACCAUGUUUGUUACAAAGUUUAAUCCUGUUCACGUGCUGUCUGUGACAUUACUGAUAUUACUAUCAAACGUUACUCCAUCUCAAGCACAAACGACGGUAACCGGGACACUGGGUACAGUUGUGUCAAGCCAAGCAGCCACUGUGUCAAACCUUGACCUGUCCAACCGCAGUCUCAGUUCUAUUCCUCCUUUCAACAACCCCAGCAGUCUUCAGGAAGUAGACCUGAGCAACAAUCAUAUCUCGUAUCUCAACGGCAGCGCAUUUGCACAGUUGGUCAACUUGGAGGAUCUCAAUCUCAGAAACAAUCUCAUAUCCACGAUCACAGUGGAUGUUUUCAGUAAGCUGUCAAAGCUACGAUUCCUUGAUCUGGCUGAGAAUUCCCUAACAGAUCUACCAGACAACUUGUUUAUGCACAACGGGAAUCUAACAGAACUCCGUCUGGGUUUAAACAACAUCUCUGCCAUUGGUAGGAAAACUUUUACGGGUUUGAGCAGCCUUCAGAAAUUGUUCCUGAACAACGGUGGUCUUUCUGAUAUAGAUUCAUUGAGCUUUGCGCCCCUGGUGAAUGUUGAAGAGAUCUACCUACAAGACAACAACAUCAUUAACUUGCCCAGGAACGCUUUUCACGGACUUCAGAAUUUAAAGAUCAUAGAUUUACGGGGAAAUUCCCUUCUGUCUGCAGAAUGUAAUUGUGACCAGCUAGGCAUUUGCGUAGGCACAGAAGUUCAAUCUUUUAGCGUUACCAUACUGUUUACUUGCCUCAACGAAACACACGAAAUCAACAUGACCUGCCAGGCCAUUGCCACAUCGGAAAAUUGCGCCAUCAACAACAACAUGUACAUCCUUGCCAUAGUUCUCUCCAUAAUACUGUUGAUACUAACUGUGUUGCUGUUAGUGCUGUACCGGUACCGUACAAACUUACAGGUUUGGUUCAUCACGAGAUAUCAAUGUUGUAGAUCUGGCCGAGUAGAGGACAAACCGUACGAUGUGUUCAUAUACAACAGCAGCGAAGACCAAGGCCUAGUCGUACGAGAACUCGCUCCAGGAUUGGAGAAGCGAGGUUUCAAGCUGUGCCUGGAGUACCGUGAUUUUCCGGUAGGAGCGUGCAUAGCAAGCACCAUCAUAGAGUCGGUGGAGGCCAGCAGAAGGACCGUCCUCAUCCUCUCGCAGAGUUUUGUGGACUGUGAAUGGUGCGCGCUGGCGUUUAAAGCUUCUCAUCAACAAAUGCUGAAAGACAAGCAAAGAAGGAUCGUUGUAAUCACACUGGAUGGUCCUAAACUAGAUAAUGUUGAUAAAGAUCUGCAGUUCUUCUUGGGCACAAAUGAGUGUUUGAAGUGGGGAGAACCCCAGUUUUGGGACAAACUGAGUUUUGCCUUAUCUGGGGUGGGGAGGGGGGCGAUGCACCGGAACAUGCCCAGUGACAUUGACUUGAAGCACUUGUAAAACAUACCAAAACGCCAGCGUUGAUUAUGUUACCGAAAAAGAGCACCUUAACAGUAUGUAUAUAUCUUAACGGUUGAUGGAAUUUUUAUAUGAUUUAUAAAAGUUUGGCAUCCAUAAAAGUUGCUUGCUUUGGCAUCGCCUGUAUAUUUCUAUAUGCUCCCGCAUGUAUUAAUCUUCAGUUUUUGGGCAUCAAUGAGAAAUUAAACGGCUGCAGUUUUACACAAACAACGUUUCUCAGGCGAUGUCUUUGAUUGAAACAUAUAUGCAGCUAACGAAUUGUUCGCAUCACGAUAUUUUUGGGUAUUUUUUCUUUUCUUUGAGUCUUACUAAAAUGUUAUACCAGUUUACUUUGAAAAAGUACAAUUGUUUUGCAUUCAAAACUAAAAUUAUGGAUAUUGUCCAGUUCAGCACAAUUUUUUUUCGACAAAUAUCUCAUUAUGAAUCAGGUCAGACAUAUGUACAUGCAAAGUUACCUUUUCAAUAUUAUCUCAUAUAUAUAACUGUCCACUUUACUGUGCCGGUGGCCCUUAUGCAAUUGCCAUUUGACCUCGGUGUC